AGUUUCAAAGAAAUCUUUCUUGAGUUAAGAUGUUUGGUUUGGAAGUUCUUUUAGCCAUUUCUUUGUUGAUUUUGGCUUUUUUGUGGUGGUGGCAGAGGUCCGCUCGAUCCUACUGGGAAAAACAUGGGGUGUCCUACAUUUCUGGCCCACCACUAAUUGGUGCCCUCAAGGAAGCAAUGCUCUUCAGACAGAGCUUUGCUGAACUCUUCUCUGAUCUAUAUGGGAAGUUCAAGAAUGAUCCAAUCACAGGAGUUUACUUCUUCCACAAGCCCAGCCUUAUUGUGCGUGAUCCGGAAUUAAUUAAAAGAAUUCUUGUGAAGGAUUUUCAGCAUUUUGUAGAUAGAGGGAUCUCUUCAGAUCCUAUUUAUGAUAAAAUCGGUAGGGAUGGAUUGUUUGUCGCGAAGGGUACUCAAUGGAAAAAUAUUCGGAAUAAAGUUUCGCCUGUAUUUACAACGGGCAAGUUGAAGAAUUUCUUCGUACUAAUGGAGAAUGUCUCAAGAGUUCUUGAACAGAAACUUUCUUCAGAAAUUGGUCAACAAGAAUCUAUGGAGUAUGAGAUGAAAGAAUUAGCAACAGAAUUUACAGUAGACACCAUUGCAACUUGUGCUUUUGGCGUGGAUGCCAAUUGUCUCAUAAAUCGAAAUGCUGAAUUUAAUAAGAUAGUUAGAAGAUCAACGAAUUUCACAUGGCGCAGAGCCAUUGAAUUUACAGGAUGUUUCCUACUUCCAGAACUUGCCACCAUUUUUCGUUUUACAGUGCUUUCAAAGGAAAUGAAUGAAUUUUUGCGAAGUACAAUUAACUACGUGCUGGAGGAACGCUUAAAGAGUCACACCAAACGUAAUGAUCUCAUUGAUAUGUUAAUUGAAAUGAGAAAUGGGCAAUUUCAUAGAGAUACUUUGAUAGCACAGGCUGGAUCAUUUCUUUUUGCUGGCUCUGAAACAUCCUCAUCUGCCAUUUCUUUUGCUCUCUACGAAUUGGCACGUCAUCCGGAAAUUCAGGAAAAGCUAAGGGUAGAAAUUCAUGCGUAUGCUUCGAAAUAUGGUGGUUCUGUUCAGUAUGAAACCUUCGGAGAAAUGGAAUAUCUUCACAGUGUUGUACAGGAAAUCGUUCGAUUGUAUCCACCUCUACCAUUCUUGGAUCGUAUGUGUUAUCCCUCAAAUGGCGAGGAAUCUUACUCUCUAGAGCCAUAUCAUGAAUUCUCAAUCCCCAAGGGUAUGCCAAUUUACAUUCCUAUCUUUUCAAUUCAUCGUGAUGCAAAAUACUUUGAAAAUCCCAAUGAUUUCAUUCCUGAGCGAUUUACUACGGAAAAUCCUGACAAGGUUGAUCAAAACAGUUACCUAGCUUUCGGGACUGGACCUAGGAAUUGCAUUGGAUUAAGAUUUGCUUAUAUACAAGUAAAAUUGGCUCUUUACACAAUUAUCCGUGACUACAGGAUUGAAGUUUGCAAGAAAACUCCUUCUAGAAUUAUUCUGGGAAAAAAGUCCCUCAUGCUACAGUCUGAUGAACCUCUUAUUAUGAAUUUGGUUAAGAUUUAACUCUUUCUUUUUUCUAAUAAGUAAUUAUUAUAAUAAAUAUAUUCUUUUAAUAAAUGCUAGCUGUUUUUCUUUUAUCUAUGUACUGCAAA